UAUAAAGUUGCUGUAUCGACAAUUUCAAUUCAGGCUUCAGUCAGUGGUCAGACAAUGGCGUUCAGAAUUUUGUGUCUUCUCAGUCUUCUGGCUUUCUCCCAUGCUGGGGUUCUCCCACUUUUCGAUCCCAGGAUCGUGAAUGGAGAAGAUGCCAAAGUAGGAGAGUUUCCAUAUCAGGUGUCUCUUCAACAAAUAGAUUCUGACUUCCAUUUCUGUGGCGGCUCGAUCCUGAACGAUAACUAUGUCAUCACGGCAGCUCACUGUGUUUCCGGUAAAAAGUACUAUGAAAUACAAGUUAUUGCUGGAACGAUCGACUUAACUGAUCCGAAGUCGCGGCAUACUGUCACAAAAAUCAUUAUACACAAAGAAUAUGACGAAAGUCAUUCCUGGGUUAACGAUAUUGCUUUAUUAAAGGUGAGAACUCCCUUCAAAGUAUCUACCACCAUCGGACACGUCCCUCUACCACCAAAGGAACACGUUGUUAAACCCAACGAUGUAGCUGUCGUGUCAGGAUGGGGCGCCCUCUGGUCAGGUGGACCGGCCUCUGAUAAACUACAACGAGUCAACGUUUUGAUCGCUGACCAAGAGUACUGCAAGUAUGUAUACACCCUUACGGGAUAUGACAUCUUUCUUACGCAAGUUUGCGCGUACAACCCAUCUGUAGAGAAAGGUUCUUGUCAGGGUGACUCUGGUGGUCCAUUGACUGUUGGUGGAAAACUCGUUGGACUGGUAUCCUGGGCGAGAGGUUGCGCCAGCACCACUUACCCCACCGUCUUCACACGUGUUGUCACUUAUCUGGACUGGAUUCAAGCUAACGCGAAAAUGGCGUUGAGAAUUUUGUGUCUUCUCAGUCUUCUGACUUUCUCCUAUGCUGGGGUUCUUCCACUUUUCGAUCCCAGGAUCGUGAAUGGAGAAGAUGCCAAAGUAGGAGAGUUUCCCUAUCAGGUGUCUCUUCAACGGAAAGAUAAUGGCCACCAUUUCUGUGGCGGCUCGAUCCUGAACGAUGACUAUGUCAUCACGGCAUCUCACUGUGUUUCCAGUAAAACUGCCGAUGAAAUAAAAGUUAUUGCUGGAACGAUCGACCGAAAUGAUCCGAAGUCGAAGCACGAUGUCGCAAAAAUCAUUAUGCACAAAGACUAUGAUCGCGCUAAUUCCUGGAUUAACGACAUUGCAUUACUGAGGGUAAAAACUCCCUUCAAAGUAUCUUCCACCAUCGGACACGUCCCUCUGCCACCAAAGGACUUCGUUGUUAACGUCGACGAUGUGGCUGUUGUGUCGGGAUGGGGCGCUCUCAAGGUAGGUGACCCAACUACUACUAAGCUACAACGAGUCAACGUUUUAAUCGCCGAUCGCGAAUACUGUGCGUGGAAGUACAAUAGUUUGGGAUAUAAUGUCCACCCCACACAAGUUUGCGCAUUUGACCCGUCAACUCCGAAAGGAUCUUGCCAGGGUGACUCUGGCGGCCCAUUGACCGUCCGUGGCAAACUUGUUGGAUUGGUAUCCUGGGCGAGAGGUUGCGGCAGCACCACUUACCCCGCCGUCUUCACACGUGUUGUCUCUUAUCUGGACUGGAUUAAAGCUAACGCGGUCUAAACCAAUCACGCUUUCAACUAUGAUUCAGACUCUGUCCCUCGUAUAAUUUUCUAAAUGUCAAUUUUAAAACUGAUAGAAAAAGAUAUUUCUUUAUGUAAAAAAUAUAUAAUAACGAUAUGACAUAGGGAUUGUACAUAAUAGGUGCCCUUCAAAUUCUGUAUGUACACAUAUUCGAAGAAACAAAUAUUACUGAUUUAAUCAAAGAA